AUGCUAUUUAAACACUACCAUGAGAAACUAUUACACGCGGGAACUCAAUUGCUAUUGAGUACAGUACGAUUACGGUAUUGGCCUUUGGGUGGCAGAAAUGUGGGCAGAAGGAUAGUUCACCAAUGUCUUCGAUGCUUCAGAGCCAAACCGUCGGCCAUCAAGCAGCAAAUGGGUGGACUGACGGCUGCUCGGGUUACAGUUUGCAAGACGUUUUCAAAAACCGGAGUGGAUUAUUUCGGACCGGUGUACAUUCGGGAUGGCAGACGUCGACCCACGAUCAAGGCAUACGUAGCGGUUUUUGUAUGUAUGAGCACGAAGGCAGUACAUUUGGAACUGGUUACUGACCUGUCUACAGAACGCUUUCUUCAGGCGCUGCGACGCUUUAUUUCUAGACGGGACUUAUUUACAGAUGUGUAUUCCGACAAUGGAACAAAUUUUGUUGGUGCCAGAAAUCAAUUAAAAGAACUCUUUACGCUGCUGAAAAAUAAGAAGUAUCAUGAAAUGGUUUCAAAGGAAUGCGCCAAGGAUGGCAUUCAGUGGCAUUUCAACCCACUACGUGCCCCACACUUCGGAGGCUUGUGGGAAGCCGCUGUACGUUCAGCUAAAUUUCACCUACUUCGAGUGCUCGGGGAAAACUCUACGUUGUACGAAGACUUCAACACACUGUUGAUCCAGGUAGAAGUUUGUCUAAAUUCUCGGCCUUUGACGCCUAUGUCGGAUGAUCCAACAGACCUAGAACCGUUGACACCGGGUCACUUUCUAACCGGAGGAUCCUUUCAAGCUAGUCCUGAGCCUGACUACACCGAUGUACAACUAAAUCGGUUGAAUCGAUGGCAGCUAGUACAACGUCAGCUUCAGGAUUUCUGGAGGCGUUGGCGGCGAGAAUAUUUAUCACAACUACAAGGCAGAACUAAAAAUUGGGAACCACCAGUGAAGGUAGAGACCGGCCAAUUGGUGACUAUUGUAGACGGAAACCAACCUGUAAUGCGCUGGAAGAUGGGUCGAAUUCACGAGCUGCACCCAGGAGAUGAUAACGUGGUACGAGUGGCCACCGUAAAAACAGUAUCUGGAUUCCUUCGUCGACCAGUAGCGAAGCUGUGCAUCCUUCCAACACAAGAAACACCAUGUUCAUCAGCUACAGCAAACAACUCACUCAACUAG